AUGACUUUAAACGAUACAAAUUAUUUUGAUCCAGCAGAACGUAUUGGAAAAUUUAUUGAUAAUGGGUUACUAGAACUAACUCAUAUACUUGGAGUAGGUGCAUACGGUGUAGUAUACGGUGCCAGACAUGUCAAAAAUAGACGCCUUUAUGCAGUCAAAUGUAUUCCAAAACAACAACCUCAACAAGAUCAUAUUAACCAUAAUCAUAUUUUGAAACAACAAAAACUUCAAACAGCAGAAAUUAAUUUUCACUCACAAGUUUCAGGUCACCCAAAUAUAAUUAGACUAGAGAAAGUGGUAGAAACUCAUGACAGUGUAAACAUGAUAAUGGAAUUUUGUCAGGAUGGCGAUUUGUUUUCCAUGAUCACAGAGAAAGGUGGCUAUAUUAACAAUGAUAGGCUUAUUAAAAAAGUUUUUGUCCAAAUUCUUGACGCCGUGAAAUUUAGUCAUCUUCAUGGAAUUUAUCAUCGUGAUUUGAAACCAGAAAAUAUUUUGGUCUUUGAUAAUGGAAAAACCGUCAAGCUUGCUGAUUUUGGCUUGGCUACAAAUGAUUCAUGGUCAAAGGAUUUCGGUUGUGGUUCUACAUUUUAUAUGAGUCCAGAAUGUCAAGGUGGAUUGUACAAACGUGUAAGGGGUUACAAAACUGCUCCAAAUGAUGUUUGGUCUCUGGGUGUAAUUUUAAUCAAUCUUACUUGUGGUCGUAAUCCUUGGAAACAAGCUUGUUUACGUGAUGAAACUUUCUCGGUGUUCUUGAGAGAUCCAGAUUUCCUAAAAACAAUUUUACCAUUGACAAACGAGCUUAACGAACUCUUGAAAGAUAUUUUUUCAUUGGAUCCUGACAGACGUAUUUCCUUGGAUGAUUUACGUGAUCGUGUACUUGCUUGUCGUAAAUUCACCACUUCAGAAUAUGAUGUGUUCUAUGAUAAGAAUUUACGUAAAUGUGAGAUUGAGAAUGGCAAUUAUGAUCUUAUUGAUAAGCAAAAUAAUCAUAGAGAUGAUUCUUCUUCCUCUUCUAUUGCUUCAAAUUCGUCGUCACUUACGGCCUGUUCUUCGUACUAUUCCUUAUCAGAAAUGGACUUUAACAUUGAGUUUGACUUUUUAGAGGUUGAAGGCCUUGUUAAUACUCGUGACAACAACAACAACAAGAUCUGUGAUAUUGACGACGACAUUGGGAAUAUUCAGCAGCAUCAUCACCAAGAUCAACAACAGCAGUAUCCAAUUACUUCUGCAGGCUCUUCAUCUUCGAUGUCUACACUGGCAAAUAGUAAUUCUGAUGAUCCUGAUUUAAUGAAUAGUAAAUACAAUAUUAUCAUUGAUGAUGACAUUAAUGAUGAUGACAUUAAUGAUGAUGACAAUAAUCAUUAUAUUAAUAAUAAAAAUGACAUUUAUAAUGACAUCAACCACAACAAUUUAAAAUGCAAUAAUCAUCAUCUACUUCAUUUAGAAAAUCAUCAAACUAUUUGUUACUCAUACUAG